AUGUCUGUUGCUGCUCCGCGAGGCCAGAAGCGCGGACCUACAGUCCUGGUCACGGAUGCGCGCGAGAGAGCACCACCACCACAGCGCCCACAAAUCCAGAGGCAGGGAACGCGUCUCAUAUCCGUUGACAAUGUCCUGCAAUAUGCUUCCGAGAUCCCUUCAGCCCAGCGCCGCGACAUCACUCCCACCGACAGCAGCAGACCGAAAGCUCACAACCGGACACCUUCCGGCAGGCACCCUCUAAAUCCGAAGCUAUCAGGGCGAGGAGCUGCUCUGAACACACUGACGGCGCAGCUGAGCGGAGCUACACACCUGCCCACGCGAAGUUCGAAGACGAGCGAGAAGUUGGUGCUGCUGCCGGAGACCACAGAAGAAGCGGACGAGAAGGAAGAGGAGGAUGAAGAGGCGCCACCCAACGAUGCUGAGCUCAGGCAAAGACGGAUGAAGCUGAAGAGAGGGAGGAGUGAUGCCGAACGCUUGCCUAAGUCGCAAAGGACAGCAGAUAUGCAGCUGGCCCGGGUGACCGCGUAUUGCACGGCUCAAAGCUACAAGCUCAGGAGCACGGCUCAGUUUGUGCGGGAUCAACAUGGAGCGAAGACCAAGCUAUACGAUGACUGCCUCUACUGUGUCUAUCAGCUGCCGCUUCUCGGUGGCAGUGAGGGCUACAGGGUGCGAAGCUCGCCGGUGGUCAAGAAUCCAGGUGGCAGAAGUGUGCUGGACGAGCAGAUCGAAGCGAACGAGCAGCGGCAGUACAGAGAUGGCUGGCUGGGCGAGAGUGCAGAGUACAGUGUAAGGGGGAACGAAUACCAAGCACAAGUCGGCACACCACCUACGGAUGCUGAGCACGAGGAGCAGCUGUCCCGGGAGAACGGCGAUCACGUCUCCACCAGCCAUGAAGACUGGCGACCUGAGGAUACCGAUUACCAGCGAAGGAGAGAAAGUAGUGAUUCCUCCAACGCGAUGUCGUUCCCGUCGCCACAGCCCACGGUCAGCCCGUAUGCCAGCACAGUCGCCGAGGUAUUCAUCUUCAGCUACGGCGUAGCAGUCCUCUGGAACUUCAGCCCGAACCAGGAGAAGGAUCUGCUUGCCGACCUUACCUUUAGCUCUAGCACAGUCUUGGGUGGUGCCAACGGCAGAGCUCCGGCACCUACGAUGCUCUCACAGAAGGCUGCUGCGCUCGCACCGCCGUCCACUGGUAUUCCGCUCAUGACGCGGCCUUUGGAUGAGAGCAACUUUGAGACGGAAGACUUCCACUUCCAAUACGACAACAGUAUCGAAAAGCCGCGCAUCUUCAACGACAUGAUCACGUUGCGGACGAGCGAUCACAUGAUCAAGCUUGCUAUGAGCCAUGCCAUCGCGCAGAGCACGAAGCUGUCGUUCUUCGAAGAGCGGAUGCAGCGGACGAUGACCGAAGCACAAUACGUUCCCCGCCGGCUAGCACUGGAAGGCCGUCUCGGGAUGACUCGUCACGAAGUUGUUGGUCUUGUAGGUCGGUUGUUUGAGGGUAGAGUUGAUGUUAACCUCUCAUCAAACAUGCUCGACACGCCCAACUUCUUCUGGGACAGCGAACCCACACUCCACCCUCUCUACCAGGCCGUCCGAGAGUAUCUCGAAAUCAAGCCGCGCAUCCAGGUGCUCAACGAGCGCUGCCGAGUCUUCCUAGACCUGGCAGAAAUCCUGAGUGACUCCAUCGCGGACGUCAAGAUGACGCGCAUCACCUGGAUCAUCAUUGUGCUUAUCGUGCUGAGCAUUCUCGUCACAUGCACGGAAGUGUUCUUGAGGUUCGGCAUUUUGGCUAGCGAGAAGAAGCAUGGCGAUGCGGCGGCAGCGGCUUGGAAGGCUAUCGCGAGUCCGAGGGAGUUCCCCCUCCUCUCCCCGCCCAAAUACCUCGCCCUGCACCCCAUCGGCGCCGCCCCGGUCAUCGAAGACGGCGAGGUGAAAAUCGCCGAGAGCGGCGCGUGUCUUGAAUACAUCAUCCAGAUCCACGGUCAUGGCCGUUUGGCAGUCAAGCCUGGGGAGAAGAACUACGCGGAGUACCUUUACUGGUGGCAUUUCGGGAACGGCACGCUGCAGCCUGCUGUCUUCCGGGCUUUCAUGUUGAAGAGCGCGGGGUUGGGGGAGGAUAACAAUUACGUGGUGCGGAUGCAGAAUCGAUCCGAUCAGAUCUAUGCGUUUAUGGAGAAGAGGUUGGGGGAAGCGACGUGGUUGGCGGGCGAGGAGUUCACGGCGGCGGAUGUGAUGUGUGUCUUUUCGCUGACGGGGAUGCGGGAGUUUACGCAGGAGGAUCUGAGUGCGUAUCCGAAGAUUCUGGAGUAUCUUAAGAGGGUUUCGGAGAGGUCGGCGUAUAGGAAGGCGAUGGAGAAGGGGGAUCCGGAUAUUGAUGUGGGCACGCUUGUGAAGGGGCCGCCGCCGCCGCUUUUCAAAGGGUUUGCUGAGAUGAGACGCGGCCAGUGA